CUCAUUCGAAGUGUUGUCCUUCACAUGAGUGACCUUGAGGACAGUGUUAUUCCGGGGCACUCAUGCCCUUCUAAUGUUAACAACAAAUGUGUGUCUACCUAUAAACGUAAAACAAUCACUGUGUGCAUUUUAAUUCUUAUCAAUGUUUUGAAUUACAUGGACAGAUUCACCAUAGCAGGAGUUCCUGAGAGCGUGAAAGCUUACUACAAAAUCACUGAUUCUGAACUAGGCCAAUUACAGACGGUUUUCUUUGUGUUCUACACAAUUCUAAGUCCAGUAGCUGGCUACCUCGGAGAUCGUUGGAUAAGGAAGCGUAUAAUGCAAAUCGGUCUUUCGCUUUGGGUUGUGGUCACACUAGGAAGCUCUUUCGUUCCAUCGCAGAGCUUCGGCUUGUUUUUAGCCACGCGUUGUUUCGUUGGAGUCGGGGAAGCUAGCUACUCAACUCUGGCCCCAACAAUUCUCGCAGAUUUAUUUGUGGGAGACACGAGAACUAAAGUCUUGGGUCUUUUCUAUUUCGCAGCACCCGUUGGAAGUGGGCUAGGGUUUAUUGUGGGUUCAGAAGUAACACGUUUAACGGGAUCUUGGCAAUGGUCUUUACGGAUUACACCAAUAUUUGGUAUAAUAUGCAUCAUUCUUUUGAGUAUUCUUCACACGGAUCCACCUCGUGGUGAAGCGGAAGGAGGUUCAUUUAUGCGCACUACUUCAUGGUGGUUGGAUAUAAAAUCUCUGUUUCUCAAUCCAGCUUUUAUGUUUAUAAGCAGUGGAUAUACAUGUGCUUGUUUCAUUUUGGGCUCACUUUCAUGGUUCGCAAUAGAUCUGAUUCAAUCAGCCUUGAAUGCUAAACACGAUGAUCCGUCUGCUUGGAAGAGUUAUAAUAUUCCUAUCGUUGUUGGGGCUACAACGUGUUUUGCUGGAAUUAUCGGUGUUCUUACAGGGGCACAAUUAGGUCGUUAUUUACGUCGUUGGCUUCCUGCAGCAGAUGCUUAUGUGUGUUCUGCUAGUCUGUUUAUAUGUGCUCCAUUCCUAUUCUUUGCUCUCUUGUCUUCAUCUUGGAAUUUUUAUGCUUGCAUUGUCUUAGUUUUUAUUGUUGAGUUUCUUUUAUGCAUCACAUGGGCACUUGUGACGGAUAUGACUAUGGGUGUUGUAAUUCCAACUCGUCGUUCUUCAGCUUCUGCUCUUCAAAUGAUUAUGAGUCAUGCAUUAGGCGAUGCUAUUAGUCCUGCUAUUGUUGGUCGAAUUGCAGUAGCUAUCACAGAUGUCUACUCGCUAGAAACACAAUAUUUAGGCUUACAACGAGCAUUAUUUUUAGAUACAUUUGUCUGUGCACUCGGUGGAUUUCUAUUUCUUACGGUUACAUUAUAUUUGGUCAAAGCGAAGAAUGAUGUUCUAAAAGCUGUUCAAGCCUCUCAUAGUGAUAUGGUUGAUAUUCUACAAGGACAAGAAACUGGAGUCCCACCAACAUCAGCAGUAUCUAGCUCUGGUGAUAUAUCCACUUGAGUAUGUGUAUAUACAUCCCUGUCUGUUGUCUGUCUAUCUAUCAGUGUGUGUGCUCAUUAAACACUGGUGAUUUGUUUGCGCAUUGGUGGUGUCUACACGGUGAUUAUAACUCGCACGCACGCACACACACACACACACUUAACAUAAAUGUUUAUAUUGUGUCUCAAAAUGUGUUCGUUUCUUAUGUGAUGAUGCAACACAAUUAUGAUCAUAAACAUGAUUUUACUCGUCUUUUUCUUCAAACAGAAUUCAAAACGAAGAGACACCAGACAUUGAGAAAUUAGCAUUUUUUAGAAAAAAACACAGAAAUCAGAAUCAUGAUUUUUAUCACUGUACUUUCUUUCCUUUUUGUUUGUGUGUUUGUUUGUUUGAAUGUGUGUGCGUGUGCGUGCGUGUGUGGGUAUGCUUGUCUGUUCAUUUACUCUUUUCUAUUUUAUACUGAAAUAUGUCUGCUGCUUCUCCUUUUGUAUCUUUACAUCACUACUAUUGUUAAUAAGUUCAAACCUGUAUCUUGGUUUAUUAAUAACCAUUUAUACUUAUUAUUAUUUUUACUCUUUAAAAAGGCUAGUCAUCCUGUUAUACUGUAUGUAUUUACCAUUGAUUUUAUUGCAUGUUACAAUCAUUGUAUGUAUAAUCAUGAUUUAAGGCAUUAAGGCAUUAUAUCAAAUACUCCUGCCGCUGUUCCACAUCGGCAUGAUGUUUACGCUCCCUAUCGCCCUCUCUCUCUUUCUGACUGUUAUUUCCUUCUCGCCUAUUUCCUUUUUGUUGUUUAUGUACAGUAUUAAUUUCAAUAAAGAUUUAUCUCUGUACAAUAUCAUAUGUUGUUG